AUGUCGGAUUCCUCUUCAUCGAUCUCUGUUUCUUCAAUUAUGGUGAAAAAUAUUGCUGGAAUGAAUCUUUUCCUUUUGGUGCUGCGCAAAUACAAGCUUUUGGGGCUUAUCACUGGAUCGGAGCCUCCUCCACCUCAGACUAUUUCGACUUCAGCUGGUCUCUCUGUUGUUAAUCCUGCAUUUGAUCUCUGGUAUGAUCGUGAUCAGAGUGUCAUGAUUUGGCUCAUUUUUACUCUCUCCGAAGAUCUUCUCACCCACACUGUUGGUGUGGAAUCCUCACGUGAUAUGUGGCUUCUUUUGGAACAGCAAUUUGCUGGUGUCUCUCUUACCAAUAUCCAUCAACUGAGGUCUCGUUUGCAAUCGAUUACGAAAGGUGACUCUUCCAUGACGACUUAUCUUCACAGUAUUAAAGAAAUUGCUGACGGUUUGGCUGAUGUUGGUCAACCUCUCUCUGAAUCUGACAUUGUGGUCAGUGGCGGACCUGUGUACUCCAAACCUCUGUCUUAG